AUUGUGAUUGAUACAUAAAGUACUCUGUACAAUUUUUUUUCACCAACCAAAACACGCAAAUUGCCGUGUAGUUAUUUAAUAAUUUUCGAACAAUUUUUCACAUAAAAACUAUGCAAAACUGUAAACAACUUCUAACACUGGCCAUCAAAAGCCAACAACGUACCAUCUCCACUACAGCCGCGUUAGAAGGUAAACGUAAUUUCCGUAAAUUUUUGGUACACAAUAAACGCGGCACGCGUGUGGUCAAAGAAGCUCAGCGCACACAACUCAACCCGGCGGUACCCAUCGACAAAAGAGGUGUACGUGAUACGGGUAUGAUAGUAAAUGGUAAAUAUGUGGAGAUUCCAGAAAAGAUUCCCGAGUUAAUAGUGCCCAACUUGGACGACUGUAAAUUAAAGCCAUAUGUCUCUUAUAAGGCGGCAGAUGUCAUACAAUCGGAAUUCACCAGUUUGGAUUUGUUUAAUGCUGUGUAUUCUAAGAAAGUUAUACAAGAUUUUAAAGAGGGUAAACUUAAGGAUGAUGGUACGCCGGUAGAGCCCUCAGAAAAUGAAUUACUAACCGCUGAAGAGGCUUUGCAAAGAGCACGUAAAACCGGCUCGGAUAUAUUUUAAAUAUUAAGUUUGUUGUUGAUUGAUUUGAAAUAAAUUUAAAUGAUAAAAUUACAAAAACUUACCAAAUCCCUUAGGAAGU